AUGUCUCGUUUCUUGACGACGUGGGAGGCGCCCGUCGCGACAGGCUCGGAGACACCGGCGGCCAGUGCUAGCCCGCGCGGGUCGGCGCCGUCGUCAUCGUCACCGACUUUGGUUGCCGCAGCGGCAGUAGCGGCGAGUCGUCCCGCUCGCUCGCCUCUCCGCCCCUCGCGCCCCUUCCUCCCCUCCACAUUCGCAUCCCCAGCACUUUCUUCGUCGACAUCAUCGGCAUCGACUCCACGCACCUACAGCGGGUCGACGGCGCUGUCUUCGCCUUGUAAGUCGCCUCCGACCGCCCCCGCCGCCGACUUCGGGUUACCCUUGGGUCCGGGCGCGCCAGCGCCCAGGAGUCUCGGAGUGGACACGGCGGCCCUGUUGUCGCUUCCUCCAGCGAGCGUUGAAUCGACGAUGCGACCGCCGACCCAGGUAGUCACAAGCAACCCGGUAUCGUAUUACGACUCGACGGCGUCCACCUCGGACGAUGAGCAGCACGAUCAGUCUCGCGCAACCCGGAGGUCACGGAACCGGGGAGCUCGUGCGUCGGCGGGUCCAUCUUCGACGGUCCAGACAGCUUUCGAGGGACCCUUCCGACGAGGGUCGUAUGAGGUGCUCCCCGGACCGCCGUCGACAUCGACAUCGGCGAACGGGGCACCGCAGUACGGGAGCUUGGAACCGGCUCGCGGGUACGGUAGAGCCGGCACGUGGCCUUCUGUACCUGCAAGAAGACUCUCUCAGCAAUCAGACGCAUCCAGAACAUCGGCCCUUGCACAACUCAACGGAACCAACGCCCAAAAUGAUAUUUCUCCGGAAGGGUUAGGUCUGCAGAAUAUCGAAUACGGCGCCGAGGGCCCAUCAAGACGUGAGUUGCUUGCGAGCCCACAUCAGACCGAUUGCUUGCCGCCUCCUGGGACUGACGCGAUGCAAGAUCUCGUACGCGGUCAUGCUCAUACAGGGGGCACUGGAGAAGGCUACGAUGGACGGAACUCAUACGUUCCUGCUAGCGGCGAAACGGCGUUCUCAUCGGCGAACGAAUUUUACAGCUCUCGGUCCCCGGUCUUUCCCCAGUCUUCACCCACUUCGCCCGGCGAAGGGCGGUUUUCAACAACGUCACCUGGAGGAGGGUCUCCUGCACUGGGAAGUGGCCCGCCCCGUACCAAGUUGGCUCGUCCGCCUCCCGUGCGCCAAGCACGGUCGACCCGCUUCCUGCCGGACCAGGUCCACAAGCAUGAACGGGGUCGGAACGGCAAUGCGGGCAGCGCUUUGGAACCCCGACACCCUAACGGCUCUGGCUCCUCUUUUCGGAGCGUCGAGCUUCAGCCCGACCACAUCGUUUUUCCCGACUUCGCUCCGGCACCCUCGCAGACUCGGCGCUCGCGCUCACCUGCUUCCAUCCCGCCUCGUCGCUCGGGCCUCUUACCCGCGAACGCAUUCGCCAGGUCGAGCACGACGAGCAACUACGACAGCGGCUUACUGGAGUACUCUGGCCGACCCGCGUCGAUCAGAUCCGUUCAUAGCAGCAAUACGGCGACAGAGUCCGAGUCGCGCAGGCUCUACUUUCCUCCACCCCCGCCAAAGCAGUCCCCCAAUCCGGCUUCGAACGCUUCGCUCGUCUUUCCCUCUGCGCCACGGCCGGCUCCACGCUCGCUGGAUGCGACCCAAGAUGGCGGUCCCUUCCCCGGACGACCUCGAGCCUCGCCCAAGGCAAGAUCACCGGUGGUCCCGAGUGCCUCGUCGCCCGUGUCCAGCGAGCGAUCGAUCCGCACCAGCGCCCUCCCCUUCUUAGGUCUAGCCUUGUCCUUUGGGAAGACGAGCCCCACAAAACCCAGCUCGCCUUUUCCGCUCGUCUUGGCGCCGUCUCUCCAGUCCGAUCCUGAUUCAGGCCCCGAGGAUGAGCUUGACCAGAUGAUCCGCGCGCAGCGUCGGGGGGCGUCCCCGGUUCAAGCACCUCGCUUCGCGUCAACGUCCCGCUCCCCCAAGGAGACGAAUGUGUACGACGAGCUGCUCGGCGAGGUCGAUAAGGUCGAGCUCAAGGUCGCCGCGGUCAAUCUUGGUCGCACUGUGCCUGCCGCUUCACGCUCGGCUGCGCCAACACACGCAGUAUCCCGAUCGGAAUCUCUGAGUGCGGCUUUCGACGAGGCGCUCGCCGCACCGCAUACACGUCAACGCACGAUCUCGGGGGAUACGGUCGCUUCCGACUCGUCUGCUGAUUACUUUGACGCCAACGAGGGAUCAAUGUCUCCGCUUCGGUCGUUGGAAUCGAGUGAUGGUGAUGGCAAGCACCAGAAUGGUAUACCCCGGACCGGGCAUCCGACGUCCGCAAGCGAUCAACUGCGCAGGAUGUCGGCGAUUGGCGAGGAGGCCGAGGAGGAAGCCGAGGAGGGCGAUCGCCGCAACUCGAUCUCGACGCUGCGGCGGCGGUCGUCGCCUCGCAACUCCAAGAACCUCUCCAUCCUGCCUCCGCCUAUCGUCGAGAGCGUGCGCUCACCCGAAUCACCGCGGGAUGCGCAGGCCAUGAUCGCCAGAACACCACCUCCACGUCCGCCGCCGUCUCUGGCCCUGUCCCCGGGCCCGCCCUUGUCUUCACCCUCGUCGAACAUGUUGAGCAAUCGAGACCUGGCGCACUCGGCGUCGGCCAACUCGAUUCGAUCGAUGCCUUCGACGCCGAAUCGGACCGUACAGAGCCCAGGCCGUUCAAUGUACUCGCUCUCGAACGAAAGCUCGGUAUCGACGCGUAGCUACGCAGGUUCGGUCGCCACCUCAACGCGGUCGACGCGUUCGAUCACGAAGCGGUUCGGGAACUUCUUCAGCGGCACGUCUUCGGCCUCUUCGUCCCCGCGGACCAAGUCGUUCGGCGCUAAGAAUGGGCAGUUGAACAUGGUCGGCAUCAGUUCCGAGGCGAUCCGCGCGGCUGGCCUGUUCCAAGACGACGGGCCCGAGGUGCUCAACGGCGAAGGUGACCCCCAGGCAAGCUCGACGCAACGGCUCAUGCCUCGCUUGCCGCUGUUGGAACAUGGGAAUGGAGCCUCUUCAUCCAGUUUGAACCUUUAUAAGGCCUCCGAACAAGUGACGCAGCUUGAAGGGCUAUUCGCUCGUUUCGAAAGGGAGGAGAAGGAGCGGUUGAAGGGCAUCACCGCGCAUCGCACUCGCAACGCAUCGGCCCCGGCGGUAAUUGGGGUCGCAUCUGUAACUUAG